CCAGCAUCGACGAGUAUCGGAUAAAGACUAUUGAAAACCGUCGGUGACAAUAAGAGUGAGUAUAAUAAAGGGAAACAUAGGAAAUAAUAACAAUUUCGAAAAGACUGGAGUUUGGUGGGGCCUUGAUAGGCUCAGCUACGGAAGAGGACAAACGAAAACGAAAACGAAGACGCGGUCUUCUGGAACUUCUCGAGCUGUAUAGAGCCCUGGCAGGCUCGGGUACAAGCGCGGCUGCUAAGAUGGGCAACAAUGCCGCGACUGCAAACAAAAAGGUUGACGCUGCUGAGAGCGUCAAGGAGUUUCUUGACAAGGCAAAGAAAGAGUUCGAGGACAAGUGGAAAAGAAACCCGACGAACACUGCUGGCCUCGAUGAUUUCGAGCGGAUCAAGACACUCGGUACUGGCUCGUUCGGUCGUGUCAUGAUAGUGCAACAUAAACCAACUGGGGAAUAUUACGCCAUGAAGAUACUCGAUAAGCAAAAAGUCGUGAAACUUAAGCAAGUCGAACACACGCUUAAUGAAAAAAGAAUAUUGCAAGCGAUUAGCUUUCCAUUUUUGGUGUCCUUGCGAUUUCACUUCAAGGAUAAUUCUUACCUUUACAUGGUUCUCGAAUAUGUGCCGGGAGGCGAAAUGUUCAGUCAUCUACGAAAGGUUGGUCGUUUUUCGGAACCACAUUCGCGCUUUUACGCGGCACAAAUCGUAUUAGCGUUUGAGUAUCUUCACUACCUCGACUUAAUCUAUAGGGACCUCAAGCCAGAAAAUCUGUUAAUCGAUUCACAAGGCUAUUUAAAAGUCACAGAUUUUGGUUUCGCUAAAAGGGUACAGGGUAGAACAUGGACCUUGUGCGGUACGCCAGAAUAUCUCGCGCCUGAAAUAAUUCUCAGCAAAGGUUAUAAUAAAGCUGUAGAUUGGUGGGCGCUUGGUGUGCUUGUCUAUGAGAUGGCUGCCGGUUAUCCACCGUUCUUUGCUGAUCAACCAAUUCAAAUUUAUGAGAAGAUUGUUAGCGGAAAACCACGAUUUCCGUCUCAUUUCGGAUCUGAUUUGAAAGACUUACUACGUAACUUGCUACAAGUUGAUCUUACCAAAAGGUAUGGGAAUUUGAAGGCUGGUGUAAACGAUAUCAAGGGUCACAAGUGGUUCGCCAGUACCGAUUGGAUAGCUGUCUUCCAAAAGAAAAUCGAGGCUCCAUUCAUACCAAAAUGUAAAGGGCCAGGAGACACGAGCAAUUUCGACGAUUAUGAGGAGGAGACACUUAGGAUUUCACUGACGGAGAAGUGCGCCAAGGAAUUCGCCGAAUUUUGAAUUCCCAUAUUGAUUCAAGAUGGAUAUAUGUGUCGUGUAUGCAUUCAUAUGCGAUGGUUUGUCGCUCAUUGCUCGCUUUUCUUCGAGCGAAAAAGAUAGAUGAAGUAAGAGAGAGACAGUAAUAUUAGGAGAGAGUAAGAGAGAGCGAGAGCGACAGAGAGAGAGAGAGAGAGCACGAAAGAGUCUAAGAAAGAUAGUGUAAAUGAAAGAAUGUAUUAUAUGUAUGCAAGAUGGGAAGAAAGCGUGUACGUGUGUGUGCAUGCACAUGUAUGAUUGUGUGCGUUUGCGAGUACGCUCGGUACAAUAAUGUACAGAAGAAAGAUGGUUAGAAGAAUGACCAAAAAGGAAAAAAAGUAAAGAAGAUAAAUAUAUAAAAAAAACAGAUGGCAGAUUUUGCGAUUUAUUUUGUGAUCGAACCUCUGAAAAGAAUGGAAACGGAAAGGAUAAUAUACAAAGAAAAUACGAUGAAUCCCCCCGUUCAAUCGAUAAAAAGAAAGAGAGCAUAAGAGAUAAACAAACAGAUAUAAUAUAUUGAAAAAAAAUUACAAUAUAUUACAUUAACAGAUAUCAUAUAUAAAUAUACAUAGCAUACACUCACACACAUCACAAUUCUCAUCGGUACCGUCAUUAUACCAUCAUAAAUUUUUACAUGAGAAAGAUCUUUUUCUUUUUUUUUUUUUUUUUUUUUUUUUUUCCUCUCCCAAUCAAGUAUAUAACUGACAUAUUGAGGUAUGAGGGUGACGAUAUAUAAUAUAUACGUAUAUGUGUGUGUUCCCUAAGAUGGCUUUAUUAUCCGGUUUAGCGGAGAAGGCGGGUGUAAAGAUUAUUCUCGAUAAUUAUUAUUAAUAUGGAAAAACAUCAUUUUUGCUGGAAUUGUUUUGUACAUAUAGUGUUGCUAUAUACUCUUUAUGAAUGUUCCCCAAUUCCCUUUUACACCACGCCCCUCUUCUCCACCAUUCUGCCUCUUUUAGCACAUAUAAAAAAAAAGACUUUUCGAUAGAAAAGGAUAUAAUAUACACCAAUAAUCAUGCCAUGCAUUAUUAUCUAUUUGUCUACGAGCAUCUUCUCUUCAUUCUUGUUGAGGAAGAAUUUUUGCCACGAUAUGAAUCGUGUUUAUAUUAUAGCAGCUAGUCGUCACAUGAUUAUUCCGCUGGAGUAAUAAUUAUAUACGACUCGUUUUUCAUCGAUCGUUUAAUGUGGACACCAUUUGAGAGAAACAAAGAGAUAAUGAGAGAGAAACAGAAUGCGAGAGAGAGAGAGAGAGAGAGAGAGAGAAUGAGAGAAUAAGAGGGAGAGAAAGAAACGUAGAUUCUUAUAUUAUAAUAUAUCAAAUCUUAUUAAAAGAAAAAAUGAAAAAAUACUCGUUAUAUACUGGCUACAGAUGCUCGUUGUUGAAUUAUUGUACUUUACAUAAAUAAUACAGAAAAAGAAAGAAGCAAGAAUAAGAGUGAAAGAGAGAAUGAGAGCGAGUGAGCGAGCGAGCGAGCGAGCGAGAGAGAGAGAGAGAGAGAGAGAGAGAGAGAGAGAGAGAGAGAGAGAGAGAAUAAUUGUGAAAAUACGAUCGACGGAGUACGAGUAAAAUAGGAAUUCAUUUUUGGAACGUUUUUAAUAGAGGACCACUGGCGUUCGUACAUAGAUACAUUAUAAGAAUAUUCAUAUAUAAUUAUAUCGCCUUAAGUUGCUGUGCGCAAAAGAAGCAACGUUAUCUUUUAUAUAGAGCUGCACUUUUAGUACAGAAUGUAAAUGUGUGGACAAUCCUGUAUUCGUGCAAGAGGAAAGAGAAAAAUGAACGAUGCACACGCGCGAGAUGGCCAAAGGAAAUUGCGCGUGUAGAACGUGAAAUGAAAUUUCAUUAAAUGAUACAUAUAUAUAUAUAUAUAUAUAUAUAUAUAUAUAGAAGCGUGAAAAACAAAAUCGUGAGAAAACUAUUC